AUUACAUGCCCUUGCAAUGCAUAUAAAUUAUGCUUUGCGACCUUAUUAUUUGGAGGGAAUGGCGACUUGUCUAUUAAUGUGGUAUCCAACAUCGUACAAGUAACCAGAAUGGCAAGGAAGGUGGUACCAAAGUUUGAAAUGCGGUGCUGCGUGCCGCUGUGCAGCAAUGAUGCUGACAGCGUGCUAAAGCGAAGUGACAUCUCGUUCCAUAUGUUCCCCGAUUCAGAAGAUAUGCGCAAGUUCUGGUUAGACGCGUUAGAUCUGAACGCAUGGUACGCGAAGAACCCUGCAGCGGUGGCGACCGCGGUGGUGUGCUCUGAGCACUUUGCCAGCGCUGACUUGUACAGCACUAAGAGUGGCUUCCGGAAGCUGCGCGUGGGUGCUGUGCCUUUAGUUAUACAGGAAACCUUAGACGAUGAGACAAUGGCAGAAGAUGAACAUUUUGUAGAGCAACUGCAGGAAACCAUAAAUGAUGAGGCAAUGGCAGAAGAUGAACAACUCGUGGAACAAUUGCAGGUGUGCAGGAUUUGUCUGGAGACUGAAGGCCGAUUAAUUUCUAUGUCAGAUUGCAAAUUGGAUGAAGUAUAUCAAAAUCUGACUGGAUUUCCGAUGAGCAAUGAUUUGCGUUUGUCGCAGACAUUUUGUCCAGAGUGUCUCCAGAGACUUAGAAACUUUGAGAAGUUCCGCGAGAAAAGUCUCACAUCUGACUUGUUAAUAACUAAUUUAUUGAAGACUACUGAAUGGUCAAUAAAAGAAGAAUUUAUGAAAAUAAAACGUGAGAAACACGGACUAACGUCGAAUUUGGAGAAACUAUUCAUAAACUAUGAUCAUUGCGAUCUGUUCAUAAAAGAAAGCUCCCAGAACAAUGAGAACUUCGAUAGUAAUAACCAAGUUGUAAUUCGCCCAUCAUCUAGUACUGAAUUGGAUGAACUGACAGUUAUUAAUAUAAAAACGCCCAAUACACCCAAAGUAUCUGGAGGUAGUAGCAUAAGGAUUGACAAAAUGACGCCCGUAGCACCAAAAUUGCCACGAUUAGCACCAAAACCACCCUUUAACUUCUCACCUAUCCCUCCUAAACCUAAUAAUACCCCUCAUUUACAGCAAAUAACUCCUAAGACAUAUCCAUCACCGAGGUUACUAAAAAAUUCUCAAAAUUCAACACCUAUUUCAUUAAAAAAGGCUCAGACAGCACCCAAUUUACUACAAAUAGCACCGAAACCUAAAAUAAAUGUAACGCAAAUACCUAAAAAAAAUGAAACACAAAACGUAUCUAUUCAAACAACAUAUGCUAACAGACAAUCUGGUAAAAACAUUGUCAAACGUAAUGAAUCUAACCAAGCUACAAAUGUAAACACGCCAGUAUUUGAUAAUAAUCUUGUUAUUAAAAAAGAAAUAAAUACCGACAAUCCAGAACAGACCCAGAUCAAAGUGGAAUAUCUACCAGUCGUAGAUGUAGUCAUUGACAAGAAAUUCAAAAUUGUCAAAAAAGAGGAAAUAUUACUGAAAAACACUCAGUUAAUCUUUAAUAAUAACAGAGCUAUUGUUCAAGAAUUAGAAAAAAAUAAUAAAGCUAUUAUCAGAAAUAAACAGGGUGUACCAAUAGGCAUAGAUUUAAACAAAAGUAAAAUGUCGGUUGUGAUGAAUAAACAACAGCUGCUUCCAAUGAUAGUAGGUGAUCGCAUAAUAAUGCCGACCGAGCAAAAUGUGCCCAAAAAUGUACCCACUACACUAAACAGACCCACAACAGCAAUACAACAAAAACCCAAAAACAUAAAAGCUCCAGUUAAAACUGUGCCUAUUAUGAAAAAUGUUCAGCAACCUAUUACUCAAAAUAUACCCAAAAAUAAGCAAUCCCAAGGUAAAUCAAAUAUAUCAACAAACCAAGAGAAUCGCUCAAAACUGAUUAUUCAAGAAAAAGCCAAAGUUAUUCCAACCAGUUCCCAGAGUAAUAAAAAUGUAGUAGUUACGAAAAACAUUCAAAAACAUAUGCCGAUAAUAACCGAUGAAAAUACGAAAGAUAUGCCUUUAAUUGACGACAGUAAAAUAGAUAUGCCUAUAAUGGAUAACAGUAAAACAGAAAUCGAUAGUCAAAUCGAAACUGAAACGCUGUGUGAAGUCCCGGUGGAAAAUUAUGAAGAACAAGAAUUUUAUGAAGAAUCUGUAGAAGAAACAGUCAUCACAGAAGACUAUUUGGAAAUGCACUCGGAAUCAGACACAGAAAUGCAAGAUAUUAAAAAAGAAGUUGAAAAUAUAAUUUAUGAAGGAAAAGAUGGUGUUUCAAAUACAGAUCCUCUCAAUGUUAAAAAUGAAUGUAAAAUUGAUAAUGAAAAUAAUGAAACAUGGGAUGAAAAUCAAGAAAACAACGAAACGUGGAAUGAGAAUGAAGAGAACAAUGAAACAUGGGAUGACAAACAAGAAAAUGAAACUUGGGAUGAUAAUCAAGAAAAUAAUGAAACCUGGGAUGAUAAUCAAGACAAUAAUGAAACUUGGGAGGAAAACCAAGAAAAUGAUGAAACGUGGGACGAAAAUCAAGAAAAUGAUGAAACAUGGGACGAAAAUGAUGAAAAUCGUGGAAAGUGGGUGCCAGAUGACUUCUCUGAAGACGAAGACAAUGAAAACGACCAAAACAGCGAAGGCGAUCAGAGCCAAAACGAUGAAAGCACUAAACCAAAAAAAGUCAUCGACAAAUUUGACCCUGAAGUGUUAAAAAGAAACAGAAUGCAAAGGAAGCGGAAAACCGUCCUACGCAAUUAUGGAAAAGCAUAUUUUUCCGAUGACUUGAACGAUGUGAUUUUUUCAAUAACCAAGUUGAGUUUAGAAGAACAGUUGAUAGAAAUAAAAAACCGACUGUAUACUAAGUAUAAGAACGCGGCGUUCACUUGCGAGUUCUGCUAUAGAGGAUUCAUGAAUGAAUACGCAUACAAAAGACACAUCGCGCUCCAUAAUAGUGAGGAUGGGCUCUACGCGUGUGAAGUAUGCAAGUUCAAGUUCAAGACGGCAAAGUUGCUGCAAACUCACAUAUCAGCGCGACACGCCACCAAGUUCAGCUGCAACCUGUGCGACUUUACCAGCACUGCUCCUGAACCAGCGAAACAGCACGGCAUGAAACAUAGGGGCAUUAGGUACCAAUGUCCACACUGCCCUGAAGAUUACUUGCGAUACACGGUUCUGAUGGACCACAUGGGGAUCAAGCAUACUCCAGAGAGCUUGUGCCCCGUGUGUGGCCUCAAGUUGGUCAACGAUGAGGAGUUGGAGAGACACAAGAGCGCCAGACACGCGACACAGUGCGAUCAGGACCGGUGGGAUACCGCGACGCACUGCGAACGUUGCGACAUUCUGUUCGCGGAUGAAGAAGCGUUCAAAUUCCACUUGGGCGUGUCCAUCAAACACGAUAGCGAGUUCAUAAUAGAACACCAAAAAGCGAAGAGGAAUCAAAACGAGUUUAUGAAGCCUUCAAGUGUGUAUAAGAAGCCAGAAGUUACCGGACCACUUACAUGUGAACAGUGCGGCCUGAAAGUGGCAACACUGAGACAGUACCACGGUCACUUCCGACGCGACCACCCGGACAAGACUCGGACCUUUUACCCGACCAUGAAGAAAAAGGUGAUGUGCGAACUUUGCGGGAGGUUCUUUAAGGCCCAAUGGCAGUACGUAGAGCAUCUUAGGCUGCACACAAACGAACGACCGUACUCCUGCGAGACGUGCGGGAAGGCUUUCAUAACCAACCGUCUUUUGUGUCAACAUCGCUCCGCGCACGGCAUCUACCCACGCAAGCGACCAGACAUAGUGUGCAAACUUUGCGGCAAAACCUUUGCUAACAGGGGUAAUCUACACCGGCAUAUGGGCGUUCACUCGGAUGAGAAACGAUUCAAGUGUGAGAUAUGCCACACGGCGUACCGUCAGAAGGCCGAGAUGAAGUCCCACUACGACCACGUGCAUCUAAGGAAACCGUGGCCGAAGCGACACAGGCCGAAGCGGGACGGCUCUAUGACGAAAUCAGCGCCGACAUCUGAAGAUGACACUUCCCAGCAAUACGUCGUAGAGGAAGUGGCCGAGGAAAUGGAAAUCGAAUAUUAAGAGAACUAUCUAAAAAUAAGAUCUAUGAUCGACAGCGUAAAACUGUCUAUGGCACUAUUUAGAACGAUGGGCGAUUCAUUCGAAUAACAAUCGAACUAUACCGAUUUUUUAUAUCGAUUUUUUUUUGAGUUCAACUAUGUUAUAGGCGCGACUAUUUAACAGGGCUCUCUCCGUCACUCGUUUCCACUCGUUUCAUACAAUCGUAGUUCCAAUUUCAUUUGAAUAUUAAGCAACCAAAGUUCA